AUGACGACCCUAUCCUCCGCCCAUCUUUGCUCUUUUCCUGAGGAGACCAUCGACAGAAUAUGCCAGCAGCUCUGUCCCUGCUGCAGCGAAGACCCCUCUCCUCGAUACUUCCUUCGCUCCAAAUGGCCGAACCCGGCUGGUGACAGAAAUUGCCUGCUGGCCUUAUCUCUGACAUGCCAGAAGUUCAGGCGUGUCUCCCAACCGCACUUGUAUCAUCGACCGAUUGGACACGACUUCCUUGGUUUCAUCAACACCAUCGAUGGAACCCCAGCUCUUGGUAAAAAUGUCAAGGAGCUUUAUGUGAACCUGGACGUAAUGGAGUCUCUGCGUGUUCGGUAUCUCGACCAAUUCAUUAAUAGGACAGAAUAUUCCAGAGCAAGGCGGCAGUUACUCGUUGAUGCCUUGGAUUCCUUCAUGCCCGUUCUUCUCUCUUUAACACCAAUGCUCACCAAGCUUGAGGUGUAUUUCGGGUGUGACCGGCAAUUCUCGUCGACCCCGUCUAGAUGCCUUCUGAAUUUGAAGGAACUCAGUAUAACCUUUCCAGGGGCGCUUAACUUAUACUACUACGAAGGCGUGGACGGCGUGGCUGGCCUACUGCGCGCAGCACCUCUACUGGAAAGAAUUCACAUGUCCAACUUCGGCACUCGAAUGCCAGGUUUUUAUCACGACAAUGUCAACGAAAUUACACUGACAUCAUUCUUAAUUUCCAUCGACGAGAUGAAGACCAUGAUGCGUAGAUUCCCAAAACUACAAACUUUUCGGAUCAGUACACCAUAUUUUUGGCAGAACCUAUCUCAGGGAUUAGGUACAACGUACAAGAUUGAGGAUGUCCUGAUGCUGAGAAGCAAUACGCUCAAACACGUCGCACUCGAGCUUCCUGGCCAUGGCGUCGAUGGCAAACUAGUAAUCCAAGAUCUCUCAGGCAUGAAAGCCCUUGAGACACUGUACAUCGACAGCGGCAUGCUGCAUCGCCGAUGGGAGCAGGGCCAUCAACCUGCACCAAGGAUUUGCCACAUGCUCCCAAAAUCUAUCAAAGAGUUCGGUCUCAUGGGGAGCGCAUAUCCGCUGGUUCAUGAAGAAGUUGUGGAGUCAAUCAACAUUUCGGCCCAGGCAUUUCCUCACCUGAAAAAGGUAUUUGUUGCGCAGUUUCAGGAAGAAUGGCCAGAAGAGUGGGUUGAAUGGGAAAGCAAGUAUGCCUCGGCUUGUGAAGCUCACAACAUUGAACUUUCAUCAUGGUUGCCUCCAAGCUUACAGAGUCUCAUGUCCCAGUGGCCGAAUUGGGAUUAA